CUUCCGGCAAGAUGGCGGACCGGGUGCAGCGUAUUUUCUGAGCUCCGUCUGCUUGUCCCAAUUUUACACAUACUUUACAAUCCAACUCAAUUCUAUCUGAUCGUAUGAAUCUCUAAUUCAUCAUACCGACGCUUUAACCAUAAAGUGCUCCGGAAAUUGCAGCAUGAAGAAGAACAAGAAGCUCUCUUCAGCCCGCAGUAGCGCGGAGAUUUACGGCCAUGAUGAUGUUAAGAUGGAUGUCUCUACCGAGAGCUCCAAAAGAAAAGAGCCUUUCUCUCCAGCGAAGAACCCACCAGCAACUAAAAAGAAGGACACUGGGUCAGAGGAAGGUAGGGAAGGAAUGAACGAAGUCCUGAACACUAUAAACCAGCUCACUGGAAAAGUGGACACUCUAGAUGUCCAGCAGCUGUUGGUGAGUAAAGAAGAACUUCCACCUGAGCAGCAGGAGUGGAGCCACAUUCUGGACCAGGAGGACACUAAGCCCCAACACAUUAAAGAAGAACAUGAGGAACUGUGGAUCAGUCAGGAGGAAGAACAGCUUCAAGGACUGGAGGAGGCUGAUACCACCAAGUUCCCCUUCACUCCUGUCUCUGUGAAGAUUGAAGAUGAAGAAGAGAAACCUCAGUCCUCACAGCUUCAUCAGAGACAAACUGAACAGAUGGGAACAGGAGUUAAUGGAGAGGACUGUGGAGGAGCAGAUCCAGAGAGAGACUCAGAUCCAGAUAGACGUUUACAACCAGAGACUGAGGUCGAGACUGAAGACUCUUAUGAACCUGAGACUGAUGACAGUGAUGAUUGGCAAGAGACAGGAGAACAUCUGUCAGAAUUAAACUUGAAAAAUAAGAAAUUAAAGACUUGUAAGAGACCACACAGCUGCUCGGAGUGUGGUAAAAGAUUUAACCAGAAAGGGACUCUGACCAGACACAUGUUAGUUCAUAAAGGAGAGAAACCCUACAGCUGCUCUGAGUGUGGUCAAAGAUUUAACCAGAAAGGGAAUCUGACCAGACACAUGUUAGUUCAUAAAGAAGAGAACCCCUACAGCUGCUCUGAGUGUGGUAAAAGGUUUAACCUAAAAGGGAAUCUGACCACACACAUGUUAGUUCAUAAAGGAGAGAAACCCUUCAGCUGCUCUGUUUGCAGUAAAAGCUUUACCCGAAGACAACAUCUGACCACACACAUGUUAGUUCAUAAAGGAGAGAAAGCCUUCAGCUGCUCUGUUUGCAGUAAAAGCUUUACCCAAAGAGUACAUCUGACCAGACACAUGUUAGUUCAUACAGGAGAGAAAGCGUUCAGCUGCUCUGUUUGCUGUAAAAGCUUUACCCGAAGAGGAAGUCUGACCACACACAUGUUAGUUCAUACAGGAGAGAAAGCCUUCAGCUGCUCUGUUUGCAGUAAAAGCUUUACCCGAAGACAACAUCUGACCACACACAUGUUAGUUCAUACAGGAGAGAAACCCUUCAGCUGCUCUGUUUGCAGUAAAAGCUUUACCCGAAGAGUACAUCUGACCAGACACAUAUUAGUUCAUACAGGAGAGAAACCCUUCAGCUGCUCUGAGUGUGGUAAAAGCUUUACCCAAAGAGGAAAUGUAACCACACACAUGUUAGCUCAUACAGCAGAGAAACCCUUCAGCUGCUCUGAGUGUGGUAAAAGGUUUAGUUCUAAGAGACAAAUGACCAAACACAUGAUGAUUCACACAGGAGAGAAAUGCUAAUCCUGUGCAAUGGUAAAAGUGAUCCAAAGGAUUCCAAGUUAACAACAUCACUAAUGUGUUUUCAUAAGUAUGUAUUGACUAACAGAUGUAUAACUGUUGUUAUAAAGGGAUAUAAGACAAUUCUAUUCACAGGAAUCUGUCUGUACUGUUUUGACUUUUGUGAUGUUUUGUUGCUGACAUAUGAACCAGUAAGUUGGGAUCAGCUGUGAUGUUUGAAUUUAAAGUGUUUAUAUGAAACAGUGUAAGGAUUCUUCUUCUCUCCUGAUAUCUCUUCUUUCUGUCACUCUGUUUCCUUGGAGGCCUCUGUGUUGGGUAGCACAAGUUCUUCAGACAGCUCAUGUGUAACCUUGUAAUAAAUAAACUGAUGUAGAGUGACAAAGACUUUCAUCUACUUGUGUUAUUUUGUGUUGACUGUUUAAAG